AUGGCGGAAGCUGUGGAGUUCGGGCGAAAGGAGGAUGGCACGGUGGUCAUGAAGUACACGAUGCAAAACGGGCCCUUGAAGGUGUCAGUGCUGAAUCUGGGAGCCACCAUCUGCUCCGUGCAGGUGCCCGAUGCGAAGGGCCAGCUGGGCGAGAUCUGCCUGGGCUACGACGAGCUGAAGCCGUAUUUGGAUUGGACCACGAACCCUUACUUCGGCGCAGUGGCCGGACGCUGUGCAAAUCGCAUUGCAGCAGGGAAGUUCUACCUGGAUGGCAAGCAAUACCAGUUGGCCACCAACAAUGGCCCCAACCAUCUUCACGGGGGCAACAUCGGUUUUGACAAGCUCCUGUGGACACUGGAGGACUCAGAGGCCACAGCCAUCACGUUGAAGCUGAUUUCACCUGACGGCGAUGAAAACUAUCCAGGGCAAGUCACUGCGAGGGUGCACUACUCCCUGCCCUCCUCGAGCACCUUGCGGAUCCAGUAUGAAGCCACUACCGAUGCGCCAACCCUCGUGAACCUCACCAACCAUUCGUAUUGGAACCUCGCUGAUGGAGGCAUCUCCAGCGUUUUGGACCAUGAGAUCAGUCUCUUCGCAGAUUUCUACACGCCCGUGGACGACACCUCGAUCCCGACCGGCGAGGUCCGCGCGGUGACGGGGGCGAUGGAUCUGCGACAGAGCGUGAAGAUCGGUAAGGGCAUCAAAGAGGCCGACAACGGCCUUGGCUACGACCAUAACUACGUCUUGCAGGGCAAAUUCGACCCGACCUCCAAGCUGCAGGCUGUGGCGCACGUCUCCCACAGUGGCUCCGGCCGUUGGAUGACGGUGAAGACCGACCAGCCUGGAGUCCAGUUCUACACCGGAAACUACCUCAACGGCUUUCCAGGUCGAACGGGGCAGGGCUACGAGAAGCACCAUGGCUUUUGCCUGGAGACGCAGUGCUUUCCCAACGCCGUGAAUGUGAACGGUGCUCAUUUCAGCAACGUGGUGCUCCGCCCGGGCGAAGUCUAUCGGCACCACACGGAGCACGAGUUCGGCUCCGGAUGA